AUGGAUGUUAUUUUCUUUAUGGAUAUUGAUGGAGAUUCUUCAGGUUCAAGUGAUGAUGAAAUGGCAGAGAUGCUAAUGAUUAAUAUGGUUUAUGAUUAUUACCAGGAUUAUUUGAAUAAAACAGCGGUGCAUGAUUCUAAACUGUCUGGUCGUGAAUUUGUUAAUGAAAUAUUGAAUGGAUCAGGAACUGUUUGCUUUGAUUUAUUUCUAACGAGGAAGCCAUGCUUUGUUAGAUUCUGUAAUGAAUUUAGGGAGAAAAACUACUUAAGUGACUCAACGGAUGUGUUUGUUGAUGAAAAAGUUGCAAUGUUCUUGUUCAUUAUUGGUCAUAGUGUUCGGCACAGGGUUAUUGCAAAUCGCUUUCAGCAUUCCACAAAAACAGUUUCACGUUAUUUUAAGGAAGUUUUAAGAGCAGUAUGCCGAUUGGGGAAAGAGCUUAUAAGACCAGAUUCCACAGAAUUGCCUGAUAGCAUUAAAAGUAACCACAAGUAUUAUCUGUGGUUCAAGAAUUGCAUAGGGGAAAUUGAUGGUACACAUAUAAGUGCAUGGGUUCCUGCUGACAAACAAAUGUCAUGUAGAGGGCAUUUCUAUCUUGUUGAUUCAGGUUAUCCAUGUACUGGAGGUUUUCUUCCACCUUUUAGGGGUGAAAGGCAACGACUUAUAGUAACAGCAUGUUGUGCUAUUCAUAAUUACAUACGCAAGUGGAAUUUGAAUGAUGAACUAUUUAGGAUGUGGGAAGAACUGGAUCCCGCGGAAUUUGAUAGCAUGAAUGAAGGUCCUAGCACUGCAGGAACAACCUCACAUGAUGACAAUUUAGCAAGACUAUCUGAUGAAGCUGCAGCUGAAAUGGCAAUGCAAAGGGAUCAAAUUGCAGAUUGGGUGUGGGCACAUCAUGACAUUGAUAAUUGA